AUGCUCACGGACUGUGCGCAUUUGGCGGGAGCGCUCCAUACCAUCGACCAUAUUUUUGGCGUAUUCCCCGAGGGUCUGAUACAGACCAGCAAGGAGAAGAAGAUAAUGUGGUUUCGCUCGUGCCCCGACAACGACGCCCUGAAAGCAGGCUUGCUACGACUCCAACACUACACACCCCACGUCAGGAAGGUUACCUGGAAGAGGAGGGACCUGCCACACUUUUCAGCGAAACCCCUGAUGCAUUCGUUGAUGUUCCGCACGCUGUACGAACACGAAGCGUUCAUCCGACCACUCUUUCCCAACCUCGAGAAAGUCGGGCUGCCCAUUAUCAAACAGGACUCGGCGGCGACCAUGUUUUACCCCGCGUUCGUCCUGUCGCCUUCUGUCAAGAGUAUCACCAUCAUUACGAGCGACCUUGUCGAUAACCCGGUGGAUGAUGAAGAAUUCGAGGAUGUAGAGAACCAUCUAUGGGAAUCGGUGGUUGGUCGGAUAAGGGCGAUUGCAGCUUCCCUCACUUCUUUCAAAAUCGCAAGCGACGGCCCUGAUGGACUCUUCUUCACCUAUGGGCUGGCUCUGGCGGGGAAGCGGUCUCAGCUGGACGGGCUUGUGCCAGCCUUCUCGUCGUCGAUGACCAAGCUCAAGCUGGGCGCCAUGGUGCUCGAUGGGAAGACAUUUGGGCAUCUCAACCACCUUACGGGCCUCAAAGAACUGCGCGUGACCUUAGCAGCGCAGCACGACGAGGAGAUGGACCCUCUACCCCCUUCCUGCCUGUGUCUACCAUCCCUCGAGUCGCUCAUUCUCAAUAUGUGUAUGGACGACGAUGAUGGGGACCUCCUAGAAACAAUUUUUAAAUCACUCCACGACCUCCGGAAUCACCUCGAGGAAAUCUAUGCCGACCGACAGUGGACCGGUGAAUACUCAUUCCGAUGGUACGAGCAGCUGGAGCAGCCACGUUAUGUCAUCUUCAACGAUACUUUGACUCCUCUCUUCGGGUUCUCCCAACUGCAGAGACUGAGGAUCAGCCGCUGCGACACAGGGUUCUAUGAUCUCGAUGACGAGGUCCUGAUCCAGAUUUUCAACGCGCUGUCAGGGCUAAAAAGCUUCGAUCUCGAAGAUAUUUCUUUCAAACCCGAUGAGCCCCCGUACAUCACUCUCGCCGGCGUUCAACAAGCCUUGCAAGCGACGCCUGACCUCCAAAGCCUCACCCUCCGCUUCGAUGCCACCUCGCUUCCCGACAGCGGCCUCGACAUCCCACCCCACCAGAGCCUCAAAUUCUUGAAUGUUUGCACGUCUCCCAUCGGGUGUGGUCCCGCGUUUGGAGAGUGGUGGGUCAAGAAUAUCCCGAACCUUGCUAAGGUGGACAGCUUUGCCAGCUACAGGCAGGGCUUGAAAGAUAUGUUUUGUGAUGGACAAGUGGUUGAGCUAGAAAGGGCGUAUGUGGAACCGUACGAGGUGGCGAGUUUGAUGGUGGAUCGGUGGAAUGAUGUCGUACAUGCCGUUCGGGAGAAUUCGAAGAGAAGGAAGGGCGGCGUAUAG